AUGACUUACAAUGAUUCUAUGUUCUUACCGCCGUGGUUAACGUGGUCAAAUGAUUUCAUUAACACUGAAAAUUGGGAUGAAUACAACGAUCAACUUGUCUUUAAACACCCCGGUGGUCAUGUAUGCUUACCAACAGAAAUUGCUCAAAGUGUCAAACUAUGGAAAAGACCUGGCGAAAUAUUUAGCAGUGAUGGACUUGUCGUUCAAACUAAAGGAAAUGCAAACGAUAUUGAUAACUUAUUGACCGUCAAUGAAUCGCUAAUGAAUGUUAAAGUUUAUCGGUGGAUACUUUAUCACAUUGUGUUAUAUACGUCACGAUUUAAAAAUAAGUGGCCACAACCAUGGCAUCCAUCUAAUCUAGUAUUUUCCUGUUGCAAAACUGAAGUGGCCUGGAAUAAAAAAUCAAAACCCGAGUAUAAUCCGUUUGGAAAAUAUUGGCUAAAAUUAUUUUACAUGGGAAAGUUCCGUAUGAUAUGCGUUAGCGAUCAUUUACCAAUCAGUGCCGACGGCCGCAUUUUAUUACCUCUGUGCGAAGACAAAAAAGUUCUAUGGCUACCAUUACUUGUCAAAGGACUGUUACGUAUUUACUCGCUGACCGAUGAGUUUGAUCAAUUCAAUACAAUAACAUGUCUAACUGGAUGGUCUUGUAUUCAAAAAAAUUGCCAACUCAUUUCAAAAGAAAAUGUAUGGUCAUCGAUUUUAUCGCAUUCAUCAUAUUCGGUUUUGGAUACUGAAAAUUUAGAUUCAGACAGCAAACAAAAAAAUAAAAAUAUCUCUAAACAUGAAGAUUGUUUCCAGUUAAGGACUAUCACAGGCACACAAUUAUGUCACUACGAUGAACUUAAGUCAAUUUAUGGAGCCAAUCCUCCGAACUCAAUAGUUGUUGGACUUACAUUGACACCAACUAUCUGUAAAGAAAAUAACUCUAAACCAUUGAGCGGAUAUUCACAACCACUGUUUUUGAAUUACGCCAAAAUGAUAAAAAAUAAAUCAUUACCAACUUGGAAAAAAUAUCGAUGGACAAAAUGGGCAACUGACAAUAAUUUAAUCAAAAAGCAUGAACUGAAUGAUUUUAUGAGAUUGGUGAAUGUCUAUGCACCGUGUACCACCGUAUUGAAUCAAACGUCUCCUUUGAUGAAACUCCUGAAUAAAUAUAAAUCGAAUCGAGACGAAAAUCAAUACGAGCUUGAUUUUUCAUACUUAAAACCGUUUACUUCGUAUAUCAAUUUUACAUCAAAAAAAUAUCAAUCGUUUCGGUUUUUUAAGCCAGUCAUUUUUCAACAAGAAGAAAGUCCGGUGUACGACAUCGACCCGUCCACACAAAAUAAUUGCUGCGCCUAUUUACACUUCGAGUCACCUUAUUGCCAGUCAAUGCUGUUCACAUUAUCAGUUUGCAAAAACUAUACUAUCCAUAACGGUAAUAUUGAACUAGACGCGCCUUCAAACCGCUAUGCAAUUGAGUUUCCAUAUAUUAACGUGGAACAAUUUCUCUGGUAUGAAACGAAACUUCCGACACCGCUGUCUACCAUUCGCUCCAGAGGAGUGUCAAACGUCGUGAUAAAUUUUAAACCUGGAGUAAACGUGUUGAAAAUAUGGGGCGAACUGCCGGCCAAGUAUUCGCUGACAAUCGAAUCGACAGCAGACUUUUCCCUCUUACAUACGGUGCAAACCGUUUACGAAAAACUCAUCGAUAAACCCAAAUCGUUGACGUCCUUACUCGAGACUAUAAAGCAAACGUUUUCACGCCUAUGUUCCACGGAGCCAAAUACAGGUGAUCGUGGAAAAAACUUACUCAGAUUUUACUCUUCGUUUAUGCCCUAUUCUGUUAAUAACGAAACCGAAUUGAAGAAGAUUGAAAGAUUAUCGAAUAUUUCGAAACAAGUUCAAACAGCCAUGGUAAAAUGUUUAGGGAAUAAAUUCUCUAAUGAUGUACAAUUAACAACAGAAUUGUACACGGAACUACAAGAAUUAUUACAAAACAAGUCAUUAGGGUUAAAAGAAAUUUCUGCAUUAGGUUUAAAACAAAAACCAACAACGCAAAAAUCAAAACCUGCUCAAAAUCAUCAUAAAAAAAUAAAAAAUGAGAAGUCUAUAGUGAUUAAAAAAUCGGUUAUCAAAUCAAAAAUAAACCAUGGUAAAAGCUCUCCUGUGUCAGCUGUAUCCAAAGUGCAUUCUAAACCAACAACAUCAAAAAUUAUUUAUGCACAUAUGUUUGAAGUAUUAUGCUAUGUUUUCCAUUCUGAUGAGAUUGAUUUAAAUGAAUAUCAUUUUAAAAAUGAUUUAUUUAAUUAUUUGGUUAAUAUUAUUUUCGAUGAAAAUACAACAAAACCUAUCGAUACAUUGUUGUUGUUUCGUCUAGAACUCAAUACACAUUCUACAUCAGAAUUGGUGCCAACAAUUAUCAAAUUUUCAAAUAAAAAUAACAGCAAUUUUACUACUAGUAUAACGCUGAUAGAUAACGAUACUCAAAUGGAAGUAACAACAAUGAACAUUGAUAUGAACAUGUAUAUGGUUCGUAAUACCAUUAAGGGAUACACGCUAAUAGGGUGGUCUUCGGAAAAAAUCGUAGAUUACAAAAAUUUUAACUAUAAACUUGAAUUAUUCGGACGACCGUACGAAAUAUUACACUCGUGUGGAACGCAAAAAGAUUAUAGUCUACAGAAAUAUAACACAACGAUUUGUGAUAAUACUUACACACCCGAAUACGUUAUUAAACAUGUAAAAAAGAGGUUUUACAUGCCUAAUGCUGAGAACCUAUUAGCUAGAGCACUUCUGAACAUCGAAAAAGCAGCUUUAUUCACAAUAUACUGUCAUCUAGAACACUUAGAUGAUGUAAUGAUGGAAAUUCGAGUAGUAGACUUAAAUCUUACUGACGGUAGUUCUACAGUAUAUGCGUCAUCUCGUGCACGUGGAAAAACAGCAUUGAUUUCAGCUAUAUUUUUAGAUCCGAAUCUCAACAAUAAUAUUAAUAUGUUGCUAACAAAUACAUCGUGUAUCUUUUCAGAUUCAAAAGAAUCUGAAACAAAAGAAUCUGAAGCUGAAAACUUGACGAGUAUUGUAUUUGUUAUCGAGGUUAUUUUAAUCAAGAACAUUGACAUCGAUUACAUUAAUAUACGAAAUGAUAUAAACCAGUAUGAUUGGACAAUUUCGUGUACUUACGAUAAGAAAGCCACAGGUAUCACACUCGAAGCAACUGAUGUAGAUUAUAAUUUCCAUUUUAUCAGUUCAAUACCACAUCAAAUUCAACCACCUAUCAUUUUACAGAAAUCGCAAAAUAAAAUAAUACCUACUAUAUCAAAUUCAAAUUUUACUAAUAAAAUUGAUAAAAAUGAUAGUUUAACACCAAGUUUGAGUUUCCACGAAAUGUUUGAACUUAUGACAGCUAAUCAAGAUUUAAUCAAAGAACAAGUUAUGGAUAAUGAUUCAAAUGAGUUAUUUAUUGAAAAAAUAACUGUGCUUAUAAAUAAAAUAAAAGAAAUAACUAACCAGCAAGAUAUUACUAUGAACCUUUUAAGUUCGGCCAUGGAGAAUAAAGCUGAAAGCCGUCUUAAUUCGGUUGAUGAAUUAAACAAACAAGUCUUAAAUUUACUUCAACUUCAGCGUAAAUCGAAUAUGAACGUAAAGCAAUCACGGAUGAUGAAAAAGAAGUCACGUAUUAAUUAG